AUGUCGAGCGAGGUGGGCUCGGAGGUUCACCUAGAAAUCAAUGAUUUCAUUUCACAAGAAAAAGUAGACAGUCCUUCAGACAGUGGACAAGGCAGCUUUGAAACAGCUGAGCCCUUAAGUGAAAGAGAUUCAGACGAGGAGAUAUUUGUGAGUAAAAAACUGAAAAGCAGGAAGGUACUACAGGACAGUGAUUCUGAAUCAGAAAACAGAAAUGCCUCUCCAGAGAAAACUACUUAUGACAGUGAUGAGGAAAAUAAAGAGAACUUAUAUGCUGGAAAAAGUGGAAAAAACAAAAGGAUUCACAAAACACUGGCAAACAAUGAUGAAAGUAAUAGGGAGGAGUCUUUGUAUCAAGAAAAUCUUGAAACUCAGGUUACACCUGGUUCAGAGCUGAUUCUCCAAUUUGGAAACUCUGUAGACUUUACCACCAUUGACAGAAAACCUUCUAAAAAAUCCAUAAGUGAUAAAGAAGGAAAUGAAGGAAAAGCAAAAGUAAAAUCAAAGAGAAGACUUGAGAAGGAAGAAAGAAAGAUGGAGAAAAUCAGACGGUUGAAAAAGAAGGAAACAAAAGAUGAGGAAAAUAAUGUGGAACAGCCAUUUAAUGACAGUGGCUGUCUUCUUGUGGAUAAAGACCUUUUUGAAACAGGUUUGGAGGAGGAAAAUAACUCUCCAUUGGAAGAUGAAGAGUCAUUAGAAUCCAUAAGGGCAGCUGUGAAAAACAAAGUAAAAAAUCACAAGAAAAAGGAAUCAUCUUUGGAGAAUGGUAUCUUUUCAUUCGAAGAAGAAAGUGAGUCAUCCAAAGGUACCAUGAGGAAGGAAAGAAAAGCAGCCAAGUUAAGUAAGGAAGCAUUAAAAAAAAUGCAUAGUGAGACUCAGCGCCUUAUUCGAGAGUCUGCACUUAAUCUUCCAUAUCAUAUGCCUGAGAAUAAAACUAUUCAUGAUUUCUUCAAACGUAAACCCCGGCCCACCUGCCAGGGAAAUGCCAUGGCACUACUCAAGUCAUCUAAGUAUCAGUCAAGCCAUUGCAAAGAAAUCAUAAAUGCUGCAGGUACAACUGAAAUGAAUGGUGAUCACCACAGGAAAAGUUUUGAGCAGACAACAGGUACAGAAUAUGAAACGGAAAUUCACGUACUCCCUAUGGUUUCAAAGGAACUUCAGAUCACAACUAGAUCAGGUGAGGCUUGCAGUAAGGAUCCAGUAAGAAACAAAGAGCUGGAAAUUCAGGAGAAACAGAAACAAAGUGAUGAUAGUCCUUUGCUUGGGGACACAUCAGUGUUGCAACAGGAAUCCGACAUCCUCAGGAACAAGGCCAGUGAGGAGCAUCAGAUUGGAGGGCUCAUAGCAUCUGACGCUCAUGCCUUGGAGGAAGAAGAUAGACUGAGAAAAACAGAAGACACAGAUGAGAAAGUGGAAGAACCUAUGCAGAAAACUAAAUCAUCAGCAGUUGUGCCACCUGAAAAAGUGAGACGGUUCACUCUGGAUAGACUUAAACAGCUGGGAGUAGAUAUUUCCAUUAAACCUCGGCUGGGUGCUGAUAAAGAUUCCUUUGUGAUACUCGAUGAACCUGAAACCAACAGAGAACUGGAAGCCUUGAAGCAGCGUUUCUGGAAGCAUGCUAAUCCAGCGGCCAAACCCAGGGCUGGUCAGACGGUGAAUGUGAACAUCAUAGUGAAGAACUUGGGUAAUGAUGGAAAGGAAGAGCUAAAGGCAGAUGUGGUACCUGUGACUUUGGCAGCUGAGAAGCUGGACAGAGCAAGCCACACAAAACCAGGUGAAAAGCUACAGGUGCUAAAAGCUAAACUGCAAGAAGCCAUGAAACUCCGAAGGUUUGAGGAACGGCAAAAGCGCCAAGCAUUAUUUAAAUUAGAUAAUGAAGAUGGAUUUGAAGAGGAUGAUGAGGAAGAAGAGGAAGAAAUGACAGAUGAGUCUGAGGAAGAUGAAGAAGAGGAGGUAGAGGAAGAAGAGGAGAAAGAAGAACAAGAGGAAGAGGAGGAAGAAGGCAAUCAGGAGAUUGGAGAAUUCCUUCUUGGUAGUAAAGACGUAGAUACCAAAGAUGAGAAAGAAGUGGAUAAAGAAAAUAAUGAUGGCAGUAGUGAAAGUGCCAAGUCAGUUGACCUUCUCUCUGUCCCCAAGCCUCUCUCAUCAGAUUCUACCUUACUUCUAUUUAAGGACAACUCUUCCAAGAUGGGUUUCUUUCCUACUGAAGAAAAAACAGAUGAAAACUUAGGCAAACAGCCUAGUAAACUGGAUGAAGAUGAUUCUUGUUCAUUGCUAACAAAAGAAAGCAGCCACAAUAGCAGCUUUGAGCUGAUUGGCUCCACAAUUCCAUCCUAUCAGCCUUGCAACAGACAAACAGGUCGAGGGACCAGUUUUUUCCCUACAGCAGGAGGAUUCAGAUCCCCUUCUCCUGGGCUAUUUCGAGCCAGUUUGGUCAGCUCAGCUUCUAAGAGUUCAGGGAAACUGUCUGAGCCCUCACUUCCCAUAGAGGAUUCCCAGGAUCUGUAUAACGCCUCCCCAGAGCCCAAGACACUUUUCCUAGGAACAGGAGACUUCCAGUUCUGUUUAGAAGAUGACACUCAGAGCCAACUGUUGGAUGCAGAUGGAUUUUUAAAUGUUAGAAACCACAGGAAUCAGUACCAAGCUUUGAAGCCUCAAUUGCCACUGGCCAGUAUGGAUGAGAAUGCCAUGGAUGCCAAUAUGGAUGAGCUGUUGGAUUUGUGUACUGGAAAGUUUACAUCUCAGCCUGACAAAUGUCAACCUAAGAAGAAUGACAAGAAAGAGAACAUGGAGGAACUUCUGAAUCUUUGCUCAGGAAAAUUCACUUCUCAAGAUGCCUCCCCUAUGGCUUCAUCUGAAUUGAGUAAGCCAGAAAAGGAGAAUAGCAUGGGUGAUCCAAUGGAAGAAGCACUUGCUCUUUGCUCAGGUUCUUUCCCAACAGACAGGGAGGAAGAAGGUGAAGAGGAGGAAUUUGGAGACUUUCAGCUUGUCCCAAAUGAUAAUGAGUUUGAUAGUGAUGAGGAUGAACACAGUGACUCUGGAAAUGAAGAACUAGCACUGGAAGGUGCUAUGGACAAUGAUGAUGAUGAAGAAGAACUCCUGGAGCAAUCGGAGAAGCUGAAAAGGCAAAUGAGAUUGAAAAAAUACUUGGAGGAUGAAGCAGAGGUGUCAGGAAGUGAUGUGGGAAGUGAAGAUGAGUAUGAUGGGGAAGAGAUUGAUGAAUAUGAAGAGGAGCUAAUUGAUGAAGUACUUCCUUCUGAUGAGGAACUACAGAGUCAAGUCAAGAAAAUACACAUGAAAACCAUGUUGGAUGAUGAUAAGCGACAACUGCGUUUAUUCCAAGAGAGGUACCUUGCUGAUGGGGAUCUGCACAGUGAUGGUCCUGGGCGAAUGAGGAAAUUCCGAUGGAAAAAUAUAGAUGAUGCGUCCCAGAUGGACUUGUUCCACAGAUACUCUGAUGAUGAUCAGAUUGAAGAACAACUUGAUGAGACAGAAGCCAGAUGGAGGAAGGAGCGAAUUGAACGAGAGCAGUGGCUGCGGGACCAGGCACAGCAGGGGAAAAUUACAGCUGAAGAAGAAGAAAUUGGGGAAGGCAGUCAGUUUAUGAUGCUAGCCAAGAAAGUUACAGCCAAAGCACUGCAGAAGAAUGCCAAUCGUCCUGCGAUUAUUCAGGAAUCAAAGUCUCUAUCCAGUAACCCAUUUGAAGCCAUCAGACCAGGAAGUGCUCAUCAGCUGAAGACAGGCUCACUGCUAAACCAACCCAAAGCUGUGCUUCAGAAAUUAGCUGCCCUCUCUGACCUCAACCCCAGUGCUCCUCGAAAUUCAAGAAACUUUGUCUUUCAUACGCUUUCUCCUGUCAAGUCUGAGGUAUCAAAGGAAUCAUCUAAGCCUCAGGUGAAGAGGAAGGGUCCAUCGUUAAUGACAUCCCCUUCUCCUAAGUGCCUCAAAACAGAUGAUAGCACUUCAGGAUUGAAGCGAAGCAUUUUCAGAUACUUGGAAAGCUAA